UAUUGUUUGUUUAAAAUCACCCACGUCCUACUUUUGUCACUCGUUCCUCACACUUCCCAUAAAGUGAUAGCAGAGACUCGCAAAUCCAGCCAAUAGAGAGAACAAGAAGAAGUAGUAGUAGUAGUAACCGUAGCAUAAAAUCCGUUUUUCAAUUCUGUUUUGUCUUCUCCGCCAAAUAUCUCAAUCUAUAUGCAAAUUAAAUAUUAAACACACUUCGCUAUUUCCUCUCACGAAUGUUAUCUACGAAUGCAACCUCCCUCCUCUCCUCUUGCCGUGCUUGCGCCGGACACCUCUCCCAGAAUCCCACCUCCUUCCCUCGCAUCUUCCAGUCCAUCUCACUUCCCGCCACUUCCGCCGUCGCCGGUGGCCUCAAAAUCGGUCAACCUCAUGACGGAGUAGCACCAGUCGUCGAAGGCGGUGGCGCCGCUGCUAGACGCGCCGGCGGGAAUGAGGGGAUGAGGGCGAAAGCGAAGGAGAGGAAAUGGUCACGAAAUAGAGAAGGCUACAUGGUUGAUAAUGGGGAGCCUCUUCCUCUUCCAAUGGGUUAUCCUGAUUCAUCGCCUGUUUCGCCCGAAGAAAUUGAUGAGCGUCUUCAAUGUAACCCUAAAUUUGAGGAUUGUAAAGAAGUGGUUUAUGAAUGGACUGGGAAGUGUCGUAGCUGCCAAGGAUCAGGAUAUGUGAGCUACUAUAACAAAAGAGGGAAAGAGGUCAUGCAAAUGCAUUCCUUGUAUGGGAAUUGUGUCUGUUUUGCAGGAUAUGUGCAGAAGAUAACAGCUCGCAAAGAUAUUGAUUUAAUGGAGGAUUUGGAUAAUGGAAAACCGCUCAGGUUUAAAAUGUCAAAGACAAGUUUCCUUGAUUUCCAAUACAACAUCUCAAAGAGAAAGUACCUGAGGAAGCCGACGCGUAUGUUUUCAAGGGACAGGCAGAACUCUGGGCUGAAAGACAUUUUUCAGCCAAACGUAGAUGAGAUGAAGAUGGUGUUUGACAAAUUUGAUUCCAAUAAAGAUGGAAAAAUAUCUCAACAGGAGUACCAAGCUACCCUGAGAUCUCUAGGCAUGGAGAAAUGUGUAAAUGAAGUGCCGAAGAUUUUUCUGGUGGUUGAUUUGGAUAGAGAUGGAUUCAUCAAUUUUGAAGAAUUCAUGGAGGCUCAAAAGAAGGGUGGCGGGGUUAGAUCGGUGGAUAUACAGAGUGCAUUUCAAAUAUUUGAUAAGAAUGGUGAUGGGAAAAUAAGUGCCGAAGAAGUUAAAGAAAUGCUGUGGAAGCUGGAAGAAAGGUGCAGCCUUCAGGACUGCAAGCGAAUGGUGAGAGCAGUGGACACUGAUGGAGAUGGCAUGGUUGACAUGGACGAGUUUGUGAUCAUGAUGACUCAAUCCAUGAGACAUGUUUGAAUGCUGAUAUGGUUAUGUUUCUUGAGUUUGAACUUAGGUGCACCUCAAUGAAAUCCAUAGGUCUUGUGUUUAUUUAUGUGCUCAAUAAAGCUUCAUUUUGAUAUUUUCAA